UUUUUUUUUUGGUAACAAAACCAAUGAAGAAGAAAUCUUUUUCCGCAUUCGUCAUCCUUAUUCCACGCGUGUUUCUAUGUUUAAAAAUGGCGAGAGGGAAGGACAAAAGACGGGAAAAUGUAAGCGUGGCCAGCGAGAUUGACCGCCUGGAGGAGCGGCGGACUCGUUGCCACGACAACCUGGAAAAAGCACUCUUCAAGAGCAGGAAAGGGUCGUUGUCCGAAGAGGAAAGGCAACAACUGGAAAAGGAAAUGUCAACCAUGAACGAGAGGGUGCAAAAUUUGGACGAGGAACUGCGGCGGCUGCGAGCGCAGAACAGGACCAACGCCUUGCUGUCUGCGGCCGUGAUGGCCGCCUGCGCCGUCUUCUACUACAUUUUGGUCUACGACGGCCACGGACGACUUUUGUGAGGUUUCCAAAUCUCAGGGACGUCCUGCGUCAAGAUUCCCUCCCGCCACCCCGCCUGCUCCUUAUGGAAGCUGCCUUUGAGCAUUUUCUCCGGUACCAAGUUGCCCCCCACAAGUAAGACCAUUUAGUGUACUUUUUCCCCCCAACUGCUGUGCGACAAUUCACAAAUAACAACCGCUUACAUACUCUGCGCAUAAAGAUGAUUCUGAUGUAACAGAACCCCAAAGAGGCGCGUUUCGCUACGCGGAAAUCUUUUCCGAAGACUUGUAACGUGAAAAUGCGGCACGCAGUCGGUCGCCCACUUGUGACUCGGCUGAAAGUCCUUCUGCAACUGCCUUGAAUUUUCUUACCGGUGAGGACAAAACGUGUACUAGUUCGAGAAGCUAAUCCUGGAGAAAUAAACUAUAUCGACUAAAUAAAUGCUCAAAGGUCUGUAGAUGCCGCAUGUUCGUUAUGUCAGUCACUCACAUUUGAAAAAAUGUAUGGGUGUGGUCAGUCAUGCCCGCAGAUCUAAAGUUACUGGUGUGUGUUCUGUUUGUAAUUAUGAGUGUACCCCUUUAAGAGCGGAGGGGGGCGGUGUCAGGUAAACUAGGAAGUAGAAGUAGGGUGAACAGCAGCUCCCGUGUGCUUCCGUGUUAAAAAAAAAAAAUGACGUCAGGCUGUUAUUCGCUGCGCUGGAUCGGUUUUCAUGUGCGCUGACAAGUGCGCAAUUGCGUGGUGGCGCAAGACUACACAAAAUAAGCGACGUCUUUCAGUAUUUGUGUAUUUCUACUCGUAACACACGUGUGAUUUUUCGUGCUUGACUGUGCAGAUUUGCAUCCGCGCCCGUCAAAUGACAGUGACUGUAACGUGCGUAAGCGGCGCUGCCAAAGAUUUGCCCCAACGCGCAAUCACGGCCGUGCGUGCAUCUUAAACGGCAAAAAAAGCGACGCCAAGGAUGCGCAAAUUCAUUCUGCGGACGCCGAGGAUUCCUCGCGCAAGCG